CUGACAGUUGAAAAAGGUCACUCAUUCGAUUGGUUGCCCAAGUCGGUCGAGCAGAAAAAAUACUUUAUUUUUGUGUUCACUUCAUAUUAUUGAUUGCGUCGUAUGAAAAUGAGUUAACAUUCGUAUUCUUGUGAGAAACCUAAAGUGAAAAUUCCGUGAUUUACUAGAUUAUUUAUUGUGUAGUUUGUGUAAAAAUGGCAUCAACACCAAAACAAAUGAACGGCAACGGUUCGAUUAACAACGGCUCCCUGGGAAAACGAAAAAAAUCUCGCGGCAGCAGGGGGUCGUAUCUAUCAAAGUGGUUGGACAGGACGAUGCAGCACAUCCCAGAGCCAAGCUUGGACCCGUAUGAUUCUUAUAUAAAUCCCAAUGUGAAUUGGACAAUGUCGUCUCAAUUUGCGCCCGGCUACGAUCCAUACAGGUAUAUCUACGGUUGUGCGGAGCCAGUGUCACUGCCCACGCUCCCUUCCUACUGCAGCCCUAUGAUCCAUUUGGGCCCCGAGCACAGAUACAUGCAGAACGUAAACAAAGCCAUGCCAGUGCAGAGGCCUCGGGUGCGGCGGCGGAACGACAUCAAAGCGGAGGAGAUCCACAGUACGCCUAUGUCAAACAGUCAAACAUAUUUGCAGCCAAAGAACUUCACGGACAGCCAGGAUUUUGCGAGUUUACCGCCCAUAGUGACUUCAGUUGCUGAUACAAAUUCCAACAGUGACAUGAAUACGAAUGAAAAAGACGACGGCAGUAAUGCGAGGAGGUACAGUGACCCGUGUGUACGGGGGCUGCCUGAUAUAGCCAGGCCAGAGAAUGGAGAAGCUGAGUCAGGCUCAGAGACAGGAUCAGACUUCUCAGGCAGCCAAGUAGGGAGCAGACUACUGACAUGUCUCCUUGACCAGAUAGCAUCACUAAAGUCAUCAAAUGAAAGACUGAACAAAGACUUACUGAGUACCAGAGCUGAAUUGGAGAAUAUACGACAACACAAUGUGAUAUUACAGAAAGGGUCCGCUUCGAGCAUUGGACCAACAGCUAAUCAUGCACUCAAUGACAAUGGUCUCUUAGGCGGGCAGUAUGCCCCGGGAUUCUUGACUGACUUGGUGCGAGAAAUUCGCGACGCUGCGCGCAUGCGCGAGGAGGCGCUCUACUCACGGAUGCGGGCGAUGGUACUCGAGAGGACUGACAAUGGUUUGGCAUCGUCGGAAGCUAAAUACACGGAAAAGGCACUUGAAGAGAUUAAGAGUUCCCUGCGCGCCUCGGAGGCUGACAAGCGUCGCAUGAUGGACCGGAUUGUGAAGCUCGAGGAUGAGCUGCGCGUCCUCCGGCUUACCAACGGGUUGGACCCAAACGAUAAUAAACUGACGAACGGAAACGUUGAAGACGGCGACGCUGAAAGGCUGCGCUUGCGCAAGGAACUUGCUGAGAUGCGUAAGGCAAAGACAAAUGCCGAGGAGCACGCUCUCAAGUAAGUCGGGAUUAGACUGGAGCGUCUAGUGACGCAACUCCGGUCCAAAUUCAACGGGCAUCAAAUAUCCAACGGGCCGGACUCACUGCCGAGCGACCCCGAACACGAGACGAAUGCUCGCGCUCGCCGAACCAGCGUUAACUCGAACAACGCAACGGUCGUGUUCGGCCCGGUGACUGACUUGUAGCGAACGUUCGUCCGUGACGCGUGCACGCUCGCCGCCGAUAUGUUCUGCUCGGUCGCUUAUGAGUUACUCGCCAGAUAUUAAAUUGUGAGCUUAGAGAUUGGAUUUUUAAGUGAUUGGAUCGCAAACCGAGAUGAGAAAUGAGUGAUAGGAUCCUUCGUGGUCGACAUAACGCUUUAACUAAAUCUUUAGUCGACUAAACACAGGAGUGUAAGUUGUAAGUUUGAAUCUCACGGGAAUUGAUUAUUAUAACGUCAUACAUAUGUACGGAUAGACUUGCCCGGUAAAGCUGUGAUGGCCUACUGAGGUUAAAACUAAGAAAAUUAAUUAGCUAUUUAAGACGUGUAUCACAAAAAUGUAACCAAGAGAGAUUAACGAUAUUGAAUUUUGAAAAUAAUGUUUGUGAGUAGAUUUUGCAAUUAGCGUCAUUUUUCUAACUACCUAUCCUCUUAGAUAUAUAGUAAUUACACCAUGCCCUUUUGCUAACAGUAACAAAGAUAAAUGAUUAAACUUAUAUUGUACCUUUAGACUGGUAGUAAUGAUGGCCUACCAACGAAAUUAUUGAGGUUUAGUUUGAUUCCCAAGUUAUAAAUGGAAAUAUUCUUAGGAUUCCAAAUAGUUUUCAAUUCAUAUUUAGGUUCUACACUUAUAUCGCCUGAUAUAGAAAUAAUUACUGAACAAUUGCACUACAAGUAGCCGUUAGGCCUCUAUCUACCCUUCGUUUAGAAAGGCGUGAUGCUAUUUGAUUCAUUUUGAUACUUAACACACGCUCACUUUUCGUAUUGUUUGUGAUUUUAAUGUCUCAAUAGUGUUGUUUACUUAGAAUCUUAAUUGCAGGUGCUAAAGGAAUAGAAUAAUUUGAUUGACAGGAUAACGCUUAAAAAAAUACAAAAAAUAUUCAUUGUAAAGAGCUCAUGGUGAUUCCUUGAGUGUUUAAGUAUUGCUUAUUCCAAAAAUAUUUUUUUAAAUAUAUAAUAUCAAUCCCUUUUAUUUUUUUCGUUCAGUGGUGUUUAUUAUAGAAGUUAUUCAUUUAUUUUCGUUGACUUAUUAGUGAGUCCUGAAUACUAUAAUUAUAGUUCGUUUUUAUGAAUUUCUUUGUGUACUCCACCGCGUUUGUGUUUGGUCAGUCACUGUCAUGGAAGCUUUAAUCGUUAUUCCUAUUUUAAAUAUAUUAGUCAAUGGCAUUAUCGAUAAAAAUUGUCUCUUACAUAUCGACGGUUAAAAGGCUAAUUAACUUAAGCGACAUUUUUCGCGACACUAAGUUUCAUACAUAUUUAAAAUCAGCACGUUUUUCUGUCCUUUUUUAAACUAACUUGUUAAAUUUUUCGAAAAAAAAAAUGUCGCUUAAGACAAUUACAUUUUCAACCGUCGAUAUAAACUUUUUUGGUGCAUGUAAUAAUAAAAAAAAUCAUAUCGACAUGUUGAAAUAUUUUUUUAAUAUCUCUAAACAUAAACAAUUAAAGGGUUUGAGUUUCUUUGUAGGAUUUCGUUUUCAAUAAAGACGAACGACCUGAACAGGUCAAUAACAAUAAAUCAACACGUUCAUAUCUAAAAGUAAGAAUAUUUGAACAGAAAAUAUGUCCGUAAAUCCUAGACAUUCGUGGCCCAGAUAUUUAUAUUUUUGUAUUAACCGUCCAUACAAAUCUUACACGUUUAAUGAUCGCAUAACAAACAAUAUUACAUUACUAGCUGUUUGUCCAGUGAGGAUAUGUCCACAAUAAUAUUGACCUAUCGACUCGAUAAGACCCAUAUUUUUCAGGCUGUAUCUUAUUGGCGUUUGCAAUUUUCGUCCAAUUGGCUUUUGACACCUCCCUAUUAACGAAGUUUUAAAAUAAAAAUCGACAUCGGCAAAUAUUUUCCGUUGGGCAACUCUUAUCCGAGUUUGUUUUGGACGGCGUUGCCAAGUUCUUUCUGUUUACUUUCGUAUCAUUUUGCUUGCAUUACUAAUACAUUAAGUUGUGUCUACAUUGUACUAAUUUUGACAUUUAUACGAACUUGACAUUUUUAUAAUUAUUAACGAGUUAUUCUGGGGGGGACACUUUACGGAGUAUUUGUUAAGGUCAGAGGGUCCUAUUCCGCCUACGGAGGUAAAUCCGUCUUUUUGCGAUUACGGGCGAUUUAAUUAAAGGACAGCUUUGAGAAUCGUAUAGAUAAAUAGAGGAUUUUUUUUACCUAUGCGGCUAUCAAAACUGUUCUACGAUUAGAUCACCAGCAAUUGCAAAAGGACGGAUUUGCCUUCGUAGACGGAAUAGGGCCCCAAGACCUUACUCAGAUAUUGGUGAGAACUUGCCGGAUAUGAUUCCUAUUAUUCUAGAAAAUACUACAUCUCAACAUACAUAUUAUGUCAUUUAAAAUGAUUAGUUUUCACAUUCUGGUACUGAGAAAUGCCAUUAAUUUAUAAAUGAAGCUGUUUCUACUUUGUCACUAUAAAAUCGUUGCAGUGUUGUGAUUUAAUUAAUUAAUUUGCAUGAUUAAAUAAUUCUGUGUUAUAACGGAUUAGCGUAUAUAAUGAUAUCCGUCUAAAUUGUGUGCUGUUUUUAGAUACUUAUUUAGUUGUAAGUAUCUACUAAUUAGUAAUUUGUUUGGGUUUGAAAGUAGCACUUGGUAAGUGAUUGUUUGGUAAUCAAAUUUAUUACUUUGUAAUUGUGUUUGCGAAUUGUUUAUUUUGGGAAAAUUGUUACGGGAUGUUGGGCUUUCGAGUACCGUUAUGCGAGUUUUAGAAGAUUUAAUGAAAAACAAAAUUAUAAAGGUGAAAAUCCUAUUAUUGUUAACCCUUGUCUAAAAUUUGCAUCGUUUCGUUCUAUUCGGGGUAAAGUUAGAGUAAGAUUUUUUCUUUCUCGUUAAUUUGUUGGCGGUAGGAUAUAUUUUAUAUCCGCCUGAAUAGCGACCACCGUACACAAGGUGUCAAAAUCCGCCAUAGUUGCCCACGUAAGUGUGUCGCGAUCCGGGAUCAGCCUGUGUAUAACCUGUUUUUACAGUCCGGCAUAAUUGUAUCCACUGCCGAGGGGUAAUCAGUUGACUCGACAUUCUAUUGGACCCCACUCCACUAACCAUCACUUACUUUGCCAUGCACGUUUGCAAUAAAUUGCAGUAUAAUUUGAUUUGUUUUUACAUAAUAUUCGAAUAUUGUAAACGACACGGUAGUACAAACAGCCAAGUCCCAAUUUUCCCAAGCUCAUAAUUGUGAUGUUUUAUAUGUUAACCGAAUUUUAAAAUUUGCAUAUUUUCACGUGUGUUUGUGUGUUGACGUGUAUGAUUGUUUUGAUCACAUUUUUUUUUAUUGUACUGAUAUUAUCUACUAAAGCGUGUUUUGUGUGUGCUAACACUACAGCGUGCAAAUAUAUAGUACUCAAAUAUUAGCGGUAGUUUUUAUGUCAUAGUGUCUGUUAUUUUGUACUUAACAAAAUUGAUGAAGAAAUUAUUAUGUGAUUAUUGGUACUUGAUUAUAUGUUAAUUUUGGUAAUUCUUGAAAAAACACUUUUCAGUCAUUUUUGUGACGAACGUAAAUGAAAAAAAAAACUUGAAAUAUAUAAUUUUAUGAUUCACUUUAGCUUAUUAUGAUACUAAAACAGAGUAUAAAAAAUAGUUAACAACUCCAUUUUAACAAAAAAAAAAACAGACGUUUUUAUUGUGUCAUUUUUUUUAUAAAACUUUGCCAUCUGAACUACAAGUAUACCUUCCUCCUUUGUCCUUCAUACCCGCAAUAAUAAUAAAGCCCCAUAUUAACCACCGUCGUUAGAAUAGUCUGAUUUACCUUAUUUAUUGAAGUAAUCGUAAGUAACAUACCAAAUUGGAUAUUAGUAAUAAACGUAGUAUAGUUAGCUAUUAACUUAUUAAACGCUAUUAGUGUGUAAUGUACGUCUAAAAUAUAUCAAAACAAUAAAAAUAUAACUGUAGUUAAUAUGGACCCGAUUUUUUUUUUGUAUAUGAAAUGAUCUCAAUUGGACUUUUUUGAAUUACCAUUUUUUUCACUUCACAGUAAAUAUUAUGUAUAACUUUUUUUUUUACAAUUGUGUGCAAACAUCCUAAUGUUUGACUAAUUGCUAUUAUAAACGCUGCUUAACACAGUUUACUUUAUAAAUUAUAAAACGGGUGUCCAUCAUUUGAGAUAUCUAGAAAUUGUAGAGAUGAUUGUAAUAUCAUUUAAUCCGAUAUUUAAAAUAAUAAUUCGGAUUUAGAUGUUAUAGACCACAUGUUAAAUUAUAAAAUAUUAUACAUUAUCAUUAGAUUUUCUCUAUAAGAUAUGUCGUAAUAUUUAAUUACUAUUGUAUGUAUUUCGUGCAGUAACUUUACCGACAUACUGAUUUAUUCAAAUGUAGAGGCUAGUAGAUUAUCUGCUUAUUUAUUAUGUUAUCAUAACUAAAUAAACUUGUAAAAUAAAAUAAAUAAUAUUACUCAAUUAAUUCAUAAAGGGACAUUAUUGAUAUAAAACACGUCCAAUCGUUUUUGUUGAAAUCCACCUUAUAAGAUUUUUUUUUAAAUUCAGCUAUGAUGCGAGGGUGUAGUGAGUAAUCCAAAUGCCUAACUGGGCGGUAUCUUAAAAAAUAGAUCGCUGAACUUUCAUUGUUUUCUUUUACAAAAAUGCUUAUAUUGUUAUCACAUCUCGGUAAAGUUACUGUCCUAAAUCCAUCUUCACUUAUGUAAAAUUAUAUCGUUCUGAAAAUAUUAAUAGUCUCGAACGAUCACGUGCAAAAUAAUACACGAUAUAUGUGCAUGUACGCAGAAAUGUAUGCAUAUUUACAUUUUAUCUUCAUAAAAUAUAAAUAUGCGUAGAUAUCUGAACGGGUAUCUGUUAAAAUAAAAAUUAUGGUGCCUUAUACAAGUAACUCAUCCGCCCAUGUAUAACGUAGUGACGGAUUUAUCGUAAGUUCUGAUUUUAUAUUGUUUUUGUUAGAUUUUCCAUAUGUGACACAGGAUGAUAUCAAAUACCGUAAAUUUGCUAAUAUGUAAGCAUUUUAACAGGAUCCGCCAGGCAGUGUUUAAUAUACAGAUUAAUUUACUAAAUUCCAACCUAACCUAACCUAACCAACAAAAUAAAGCAUAUAAGUUUACACGGCAAUUUUUUUUUUAAUACUAAAGUCAUAUAAAAAAAUAUUAAAAUAUUUGUAUAAGGUUUUGUUGGAUCCUAAAUACGGGUUUUGAUAUCAUCCAGCGAUGCAAUAGUACAUUUAAUGCCAUAAAAUAGUGGUGUCUAUUGUGAAUAACUUCUAUUAAAAGUGUUUUUGUACCGUUUUAUUUGGGAUAAUUUUAACGAUAAUGUUGUAAUUGAAUUUGGCUUAAAAAAACGAUUAACCAAAAAAUAUUUUUAAUGGACAGUACAGUUAAACCUUGUUUUAGAAAAUAUCGCAAUUUAUUCGAUAAAAUUAUCUCAACAAAUAAUUUUAAGUUACACCGAUAGUUUGCACCCCAAGUGUAAGUCUGGUUGGCUGCCUCUGUUACAUAUAAUACUCAUUUUAACGUUUUUGUCAAUGUUUGUCUCAUGGUUAUGAUUUUCACUUUUGUCAAAUAAUGAGAAUAAAAUACUGUAUAAACUA